AUGCCAUGUGGUUUGAAAAAUGUCAGGGCCACUUAUCAGAGAGCCACUACCACACUGUUGCAUGAUAUGAUCCACAAGGAAGUUAAGGUGUAUAUGGAUGACAUGAUUGUCAAGUCCAAAGAUCGAGAAGGCCAUUAUAUCGCAUUGAAGAAAUUCUUUGAGAGAAUCAGGGAACACAAGCAGAGGUUAAAUCCACAGAACUACACAUUUGGGGUAUAUAACAACCAAGUAGAGUAUGAGGCAUGCAUUACCGAACUGGAAGUCACUCUAGAACUAGGGGCAAUAAGGUUGGAUAUGAUUGGGGAUUUGAACUUGGUCAUCUCUCAAUCCAAUGGAGAUUGGAAGGUUAAAGAGGAGAAAAUGAAAGUUUAUCAUCAGACUUUAGACAUGUUGAUUCUGAGAUAUGGAGUGCCAAAUGAAUUAAUUUCAGACAAUGGCUCACACUUCAGAGGAGAAGUGGCAGUUCUACUUGAGAAAUAUAAUGUGGCUUUUCACAAGUCAUCAACUUACAGGCCACAAACUAAUGGAGUCGUUAAAGCUGCAAAUAAGAACAUCAAGACUAUUCUGCGUAAGACGGUAGAAACCUAUAAAGAUUGGCUAGAUAAACUGCCUUUUGCGCUUUGGGCAUACAUGACAUCAAUUUGA